AUGGCACACAAGAGAAUAAGAGAACGGCUUCGAAGAAGCGCACUUUACACGUUUGCAUGUCUCGGAAACCGUGCAACAGAAGAUGACCAACCUCACGCGCUUCACGGCGCGGGAUACACACGCACCGUGCAUUGCAACCAGCCACACCUUCAUGAAAUCAAACCCCCUUACUAUUGCAAGAACGACAUUUCUACAACCAAAUACAAUGUUAUCACGUUUCUUCCAACCGCACUCUUUGAACAAUUCAGAAGGGUCGCUAACAUUUACUUUCUUUUAGCGGCACUUCUCUCUGUUUUCCCAAUCUCUCCUUUUAGCCCAAUAAGCAUGAUCGCGCCUUUGGCGUUUGUAGUGGGGCUUAGUAUGGCCAAGGAAGCAUUGGAAGAUUCUAGAAGGUUCCUUCAGGAUGUCACGGUUAAUAACCGGAAAGUGAAUCACCAUACCGGAAACGGUGUUUUUGAACCCAAGGCAUGGAAGGAUAUUAGGGUUGGUGAUGUUGUUAAAGUAGAAAAAGAUGAAUUCUUCCCUGCGGAUCUUCUUUUCUUGUCAUCAAGCUAUGAGGAUGGGAUCUGUUACGUUGAGACAAUGAAUUUAGAUGGCGAAACGAAUCUAAAGGUGAAAAGAUCUUUGGAAGCUACCUUGGGUCUUGAUAGUGAUGAAACUUUUAAGGAUUUUACUGGAACGAUUCAAGGUGAAGAUCCGAAUCCGAGUUUAUACACUUUCGUUGGGAACUUUGAUUAUGAACGACAGGUUUAUCCUCUUGAUCCGAGUCAAAUUCUGCUCCGUGAUUCUAAGCUUAGAAACACUGAUCACAUUUAUGGAGUUGUGAUUUUCACUGGUCAUGACACGAAAGUGAUGCAGAAUUCAACACGUUCUCCUUCGAAAAGAAGCACCAUUGAAAAAAAGAUGGAUUUAAUCAUAUACAUUCUCUUCGCUGUUCUUGUUAUCAUAUCGGUUGUGAGUUCCGUAGGGUUCAUGAUAAAGACGAAGUACAAGGCACCGAACUGGUGGUUCUUGAGGCCUGAUAACAUUGAAGUUCAGUAUGAUCCACAGAAGCUUGGAUUGGCUGGGUUGAGUCAUUUGGUAACUGCACUGAUUCUCUAUGGAUACUUGAUUCCAAUCUCGCUUUACGUUUCGAUUGAGAUUGUGAAGGUUUUACAAGCAAGCUUUAUUAACCAAGAUAUUCACAUGUACGAUGAAGAAACUGGGACUGCAGCUGAUGCAAGAACUUCGAAUUUGAAUGAAGAGUUGGGUCAAGUUGACACCAUUCUUUCUGAUAAAACUGGAACGUUGACAUGCAACCAGAUGGACUUUUUGAAAUGCUCCAUUGCUGGUGUUGCGUACGGUGUUCGUGCAAGCGAUGUUGAAGUCGCUGCGGCGAAGCAAAUGGCAUCGGAGGUUGACAAAGAUGGAGAGGAGAGUGAUGUUAAUGAGAAUUAUAGUAGUUCAGAGAGUGGCGGUUCAAAAAGGCCUCCAAUAAAAGGGUUUGGUUUUGAGGAUGAUCGUUUGAUGAAUGGAAACUGGGUGAAAGAGGCUAACGUUGAUGACCUUUUGUUGUUUUUUCGAAUAUUGGCGGUUUGUCAUACCGCCAUUCCUGAUUAUAAUGAAGUAACUGGGAGUUUUACAUAUGAAGCGGAGUCACCUGAUGAAGGUGCUUUUCUUGCUGCAGCAAGAGAAUUUGGGUUUGAGUUUUGUAGAAGGACUCAGUCAAGUGUUUUCAUACGUGAAAAAUAUACUAAUCCUGGACAAGUCGUUGAAAGAGAAUUUAAACUCUUGAAUUUGCUUGAUUUCUCUAGUAAAAGAAAACGUAUGUCAGUGAUUGUGAGAGAUGAAGAAGGAAACAUUAUUCUUAUGUGUAAGGGGGCUGACAGUAUCAUAUUUGAUCGUUUGGCAAAGAAUGGAAAAAAGUAUUUGGAGUCUACAACUAGACAUUUAAAUGAAUAUGGAGAAGCCGGGUUGCGAACACUAGCCUUGUCUUAUAAAAGGCUUGAUGAGGAAGAAUACUCUGCCUGGAACAAUGAGUUUCAGAAGGCUAAAACUUCUGUUGGCGUUGACAGAGAAGCAACACUUGAGCGCGUUUCAGAGAUGAUGGAAAAAGACUUGAUUCUUGUUGGAGCUACCGCUGUGGAAGAUAAGCUUCAAAAAGGGGUUCCCCAGUGCAUUGACAAACUUGCCCAAGCGGGGCUUAAGAUUUGGGUAUUGACAGGGGAUAAAAUGGAAACAGCAAUCAACAUUGGAUUUGCAUGCAGUUUGCUACGACAGGGCAUGAAGCAGAUCUGUAUAACUAUUCCAAAUUUAGAUGCAAUGCCGGCCAGUGAUAGCACCAAAGAGGCCAUCAAAGAUAACAUUUUGAACCAAAUUACGAAUGCAUCACAAAUGAUAAAGCUAGAGAAGGAUCCUCAUGCUGCAUUUGCAUUAAUUAUUGAUGGAAAAACUUUGACCUAUGCUUUAGAAGAUGAUAUGAAGCGCCUAUUCCUUGCAUUGGCCGUUGAUUGUGCAUCAGUCAUAUGCUGUCGUGUCUCUCCCAAGCAAAAGGCAUUGGUAACAAGGUUAGUGAAAGAAGGAACCAAGAAGACCACAUUAGCAAUAGGUGAUGGUGCAAAUGAUGUUGGCAUGAUUCAAGAAGCAGAUAUUGGUGUUGGAAUCAGUGGGGUUGAAGGAAUGCAGGCGGUGAUGGCUAGUGACUUCGCUAUUGCCCAGUUUCGGUUUUUAGAGAGACUUCUCGUGGUCCAUGGACACUGGUGUUAUAAGAGAAUUGCACAAAUGAUAUGUUAUUUCUUCUACAAGAACAUAGCAUUUGGACUAACCAUAUUCUAUUUUGAGGCCUUUACAAGCUUCUCUGGUCAAUCAGUUUAUGAUGACUGGUACAUGAUAUUGUUCAACGUUGUUCUAACAUCCUUGCCUGUCAUUUCACUUGGAGUUUUAGAACAAGAUGUUCCAUCAGAAGUUUGCUUACAGUUUCCUGCACUGUAUCAGCAAGGACCAACAAAUUUAUUCUUUGAUUGGUAUAGAAUACUGGGAUGGAUGGCCAACGGUGUUUACUCCUCAAUAACCAUCUUUUUCUUUAACAUCAUAAUCUUCUACGACCAAGCAUUCCGGUCCGACGGUCAAACCGCCGAUAUGGCCGCCGUGGGCACCUCAAUGUUCAGCAGCAUCAUUUGGGCCGUGAACUGCCAAAUUGCCCUAACAAUGAGCCACUUCACAUGGGUUCAACAUGUGUUUGUUUGGGGAAGCAUAGCCACUUGGUACAUCUUCCUCUUCUUAUAUGGUGCCCUUUCACCAACAUACUCCAAGAAUGCCUAUAAAAUAUUGGUUGAAUCUCUUGGGCCUGCACCCAUUUAUUGGAUAGCAACGUUCUUGAUAUCAGUUUCUUGCUUCCUUCCAUAUCUAACUCACAUAGCUAUCCAAAGAUGUUUCAAUCCCAUGGAUCAUCAUAUUAUACAAGAGAUUAAGUACUAUAAGAAGGAUAUUGAAGAUCGACACAUGUGGAAGAGGGAGAGAUCUAAGGCUAAACAAGAGACAAAGAUUGGAUUCACUGCAAGAGUUGAUGCUAAGAUAAGACAGAUUAAAGAAAAGUUACACAUAAAGCAACAGCAACAACAACAACAUUCUACACUUACCAGUUCAACAACCCAAUCACCCUCCUUAUUGUAA